CAAAACUAGAAGAAGAAGAAGACAUUGACAUAACUGAGUUAAUGACAGUUGAGCUUCUGAAAAUGGCGUCAUACAAUAACAAAAAUAUGCAACAAUCCGAUUUGUUUAGUUGUUAUUUAUCUUUGAAUGUAAAUAAUAUUUGUCGGAUAUGUCUAGAGAAAGGUCCGAAGCUUAUGCCCAUUUUUGAUCCCAUAAAACCUCCCCAUUUCUCUAUAUUAAUGAUGGCAUGUGCUGCUGUUCAGGUCAUACAGGGCGAUGGACUUCCGCCAUACAUUUGUCAAAAAUGUAUUUCUAAACUAAAUGUAGCAUUUCAGUUCAAAACUCAGUGUGAAAGCUCUGAUGCAAAGCUCCGUCAGUGUUUUGAUAACUUUCCACACUUACCUUCAACUCCUGAUCUCUCUGGUUUUCUCAAUUUCAAAAAAGAUAAUGGCACAUUCAUCCAAAAUAAUGAUGGAGGAACUACUGAUCUACAUACAGAUAAGCAACCAGAUAUUCAAAUUCAAAGUGGUGAUGGAUCUAUAUCAGAACAUCAAAUUUUGCAAACUGUAGGGAUUGACACAGACCAUUCAUUGUAUGAGUUUGCAAAUAACAGUUUAAUUGAACUGAAAUCAGAACUUGUUGAUCAAAAUACAAAUGAAAUGAAAGAACUGAAGAUGGAAAACAUGAUUAUAGUAAGCACAUCUGAAAUUAGAAAUAAAUCAAAAAGACAUCAAUGUGAUACCUGUGGUAAAAAUUUUCGCACCAAACCAGGCCUUGUACAUCACAUUCGUAUCCACACUGGUGAACGUCCUUACCAGUGCCAUCUUUGUGACAAGAGGUUCAUAAAUGGGGGCCAUUUACACACUCACAUGCGCACCCAUACUGGUGAAAAAAAUCAUGUAUGUGCAGCUUGCAACAAAGCAUUUGCUACUGCCCAGCAAUUGACCAAACACACAAUAGCCAUACAUACUUCAGAAAGACCAUAUGGAUGCAUGUACUGUACAAAGAGAUUUGCCAGUUCCAGUAAUUUGAAUACACAUACAAGAAUACAUACUGGUGAAAAGAAUUUUCACUGUGAACUAUGUGGGAAAGCAUUUUCUACAAAGGGGCAACUGUAUCAGCAUAUGUUGGUGCAUUCAGGUGUGAGAGCCUACAUGUGUGAAUAUUGUAAUAAGAGGUUUUCACAGAAGGCUCAUCUCACAAGGCAUAUUAAAAUACAUCAGUCCCCACCACCAUCUACUGCACCAGUCUGAAUCAGAAGAUGUUGGACUUUUCUAUUGUACCUAAAUUA